GCGCCAGGCAGUUUCCAUAUAUGACAGCUUUCAUCACUGACCACAGAAACACUGAGCUCUUCAGACUUUGGAACCAUCGAGCCAGACCUCCCCUCUUCCCCUCCGCGUCCUAUUCAUUUCCAUACGUGAUGACACAGGCGGUGGGCGUGGUUUCCAAAGCCCCCGGUGAAGACAAUGGAUGCCGGACCGCUAGCUGAGUUGGGGUCAAUGUGAACGGUAUUUGGUGCGGCGUCCAGGGUCGCUCAUACACUGAACAGCUGCUAUGGAGUCCGAUCACCCCCCCUUGCCCACCGUGCUCUGCUCGGUUCUUUCGAUGAAGAGGCAAAGCUGCGAGGUGACCCUGGACCCCGGGCGCUCUCUGCUCUCCUGGAGAGAACUGAGGCCCCGGCGGGGAAGAGACAGGAGUCGGCCCGGAAUCUGCCUGACAAGAAUGCUCCACCGAGCAAGAGGCCUAGUAAACAGUUGUACUCCGCAGUUCCCUUCAGGUGGUGUUACUGUCCCAGUGGCUGAGAUUGUUUCAGUAGGGGAAGCAGAGAUUGAUGAGAAAUACUACAACAGUAUGAAAUGGCAGCAUAUGUGCAAGCCUCAUGCAUUUACAGUACGUUAUGUGCAGAGAAAGAGGAAACACCGCUGGCGGUGCAAGGAGGUGACUUUUUGGUGCAGUGAUGAGCAACUUUUUUAUCAGUGGUUACAAGCGCUUCAUGAUAUACUUGAGCAGCAGACUCAUAGACCAAAACGUUUGCUAGUUUAUAUUAAUCCUUACGGUGGGAAGAAAAGAGGUAAACAGAUCUAUGAGAAUAAAGUGGCUCCAUUAUUCAGUGCUGCUGGCAUUUGUACUGAUGUCAUAGUUACUGAGUAUGCAAAUCAUGCCAGAGAUAACCUAUAUGAAGUCAACGUGGAAAAAUAUGAUGGGGUUGUUUGUGUUGGUGGGGAUGGAAUGUUCAGUGAAGUGCUACAUGGCCUCAUUGGCAGAGUACAAAAGGAUUCUGAUGUAGAUCACAACAAUCCUAAUGCACAAUUAUCUCGGUGUAAUAUAAGGAUUGGCAUUAUCCCUGCUGGUUCAACAGACUGUGUAUGCUAUGCUACUAUUGGUAUUAAUGACCCAGAGACAUCUGCUUUGCACAUUAUUCUAGGUGACUGCCAACCUCUGGAUGUGUGCUCUGUACACCACAAGAGAACUUUUCUGAAGUAUUCAGUUUCAUUAUUGGGAUAUGGUUUCUAUGGGGAUGUGUUAAAGUACAGCGAAAAAAAUCGCUGGUUAGGUCCUGCUAGAUAUGAUGUUUCAGGGUUCAAGACGUUUCUUACUCACCAUUGCUAUGAGGGGUCAGUUUCAUUCCAGCCCGCAAAGUGGGUUCUGGGAUCACCAAGAGACCAAAUAAUUUGCACAUCGAGAUGCUACAUUUGCAGGCAAAGUAGCAAGCAACUAGAAGAGCAGCAGAAAACACAGGCUUGUGGAUCAGAACACAGAGAUCAAGAUGAUGACUGGACAACAAUCAAAGGAAAAUUCAUGGCAAUCAAUGCUGUCAGCAUGAGUUGUGCGUGUCCACGAAGCCCCAAAGGCCUCUCACCAGCAGCUCAUCUGGGAGAUGGAAGUGCAGAUCUCAUUUUAGUUAGAAAGUGCUCAAGACUUGAUUUUUUAAGGCACCUUAUCAGGCACACAAGCAAUAAAGACCAGUUUGACUUUCCAUUUGUUGAAGUGUAUAGAGUAAAGAAUUUUCAGUUUACUCCAAAACAUUUUGAAGAUGAAGACACUGAAAGCACAGAUAUAGGAAGUAUUGGCAAGAAAAACUUUCCUCAGAUAUGCACAGACCAUCCAUCAUGUGGAUGUAACCAUGUGAAUAGCAUUUGGAAUUGUGAUGGGGAGACAGUGGACCAGACUGCCAUUGAAAUGAGGGUCCACUGCCAACUAAUAAAAUUAUUUGCACGUGGCAUUGAGAAUGCCAAGUUAGAAGAUGAUGUAAACCCAAGCAAGGUUUUGUGAAAGGAAGAAAAAAACCAUUCUCCGCAAAUAAAGACCAUGAUGUCUUGAUGAAUUUUGUUUUAUUUAUUUGCUUGUUGUUGUUCAUAGAGAAGGUAUUGUGAAAUUUGUUUAAAAAGUAACAAAUAGUGUAAUAUAUAUUUAAUUAUUUUGAUGUUUUGUGGGGUGGUAAUUUCUAGAGAUUUCUGUGUGUGCUCUUCCCUCCCCCAGCAUCAUGGCUUUAAUGUUGACUAGUUCUUUUUGUCUUAAUGCCUUUCUCCUAAGCUUAGAAGUAGUGUUCUAAAUUAAACAAGCUACUUAUUAUUUUAGAGUCCAUGACCAUGGCAUUAGAUGGUUUUUAUUAAAGUAAUUAAAUAAUUAAAAUAAUUUUGGUAGUAUAGACUAAAGCAAAUAUCUCUUGUAGAAAUGUAUUGGAUUGCAAGCAGGCAUAAAACUAAAGACAUUUUGCCAGUCAUAGAGAUAUUACAGCUAAACGAGUGGUGGUGUAAAUAUCACAGUUGCUAAACAUUACUUUGCAAAAGAAGGACCUGAAGUAUGGCACUUUAAAUUCAAUUUUCCCAUUGAUAAGAGCUAAAAUUGUAGUAGCUUAUAAACUUUGAUCUAAUUGGUCCAGGAGACCAGUUGUAGUAAUUAAAGUACUAUGUUGAUCAUAGUAUCAUUGUAUAUUGUCAUGUUUAAGUGCAUAAGAGUGAAAGAGCAGUAUUUAAAGUGUGUGCUAACAUAAAACUUAAAUGCAAGUUAAAGUGGUAUCUUAUAACUAGACACAAUGCAUUCUUGUAUGCCCAAUGUGAGAGACAUGUAUUCUACUAAAAUAAAAUCAUUACUUGAAUUUUGUAAUGCUGAUAACCAAUAUCUUGAUUUUCUACCAUAUUUUAUUAAAUUGCAAUUAAUUCCUAUAACAAUCUCUGUCCAGUUAAUAAUAAUAAUAAUGGAAGAAACCAUUUGUACUAUUCCCCAUAAAUAGUAACCCUGUUUAUCUUAAGGUAUGAUUACCCUGAUCUCCUCUCCUAAACCUAUAGUUCUGAAGUGCCAGGCCUGACCUUUCCUCUAUAUUUAUAUUAAAGCACAGAGCAGUCCAGUGAGAUAACUGGGUUGCAGGGGUUCCUGUAGGGGUAUUUUUGGAAGUAUUUUAGGCAGGCAUAGUUAUCAAGUAAAUUGAAAUACCCCAGCUCUGAUUCAGGGAAACCAGGCACAGUUAAUUUUCUCACUUUAUUAUUAAAUCACUUAGAGCAGCCCGUAUGUGAAACACUAUUUCAUAUAAAGGUUUUUCAUAUAGCAUAAACAUCUCUAGUAGUAUGUUAAGUACUAAGGGCUGCCCCUUGGCUCAUACAGCUAACUGUGCUCACACACAAAGCAAAGACAGAUCUCUGUCUUUUGUUCCCACACUACUUCCUAUUUGAAAUUGAACCUGCGUUAUUUCCUGUUAUGCGUUCUCUAAAGGAACACCCAGACCAACAAAAAAUGGUGGCUCAAGUGAAAAUAUGAAAAGGGCAAUAUUUGUAAUAUAUGUAUAUGGCAGUUUGUCAAGAUCCUUUAAAGGGGACAUAUUGUGUCAAAAACAAAACAUGUGCAUUCUACUCUUUUAAAUAUACAAGGAAUGUGCUUAAAAAAAUAAAGUUCCAGGGGGAUUGUUUGAAAAUUUCUCCAAAACCCUUCUAGUCCCAUCCAUGUGUUUUACUUCCUGCUGCCUCCUUUCCCAAGCUGUGCAGGGGGGCAGGCGGCACGUAGCCCACUGCACUGUAACAUAGAAGGAGCAGCAGCUAGGCUGACCUGAUGGGCAACUGAAUAAUUUCUUAGUUGUAAUUGGCUAUCCAUAUCCAUCUCCUACUGUUCUUCUGGCAGGGAUAGUUAAUACUUGCCCAACCCUCGUUUGAAACACAGGGCAAAGCAGAUCUUUAGAAAGCUCUGAUACAUUGGCAGUUUUAAAGUAAAUUAUCAUUUUUAGCCCAGAGUAAAAGCUGACACAUAUUAUUAUAUGUUACUUAUUUAUUAUUGCCUACCAGAUAGGAGGUUCUCACUUAUGUUUUAUGUCUCCUUUAAUAGGUCACUUAUGAUAUAAAUUAUCUAUUAGUGAUGCAAUCAUUCUGAAGAUACUGUUUUCCUGGUUAGCCUAGUGCAAAUUGCUAAGAAAAGCCUGUGGCUCAAGCCAUGAUUUAUAUUGAAUGGUUAAACAUUACCAUAGCUUGUAAACUGGAAAAAGGUCUUCAUGAUGUUUGAAAAGUCUGUUUGAUGAAUUUAGCCUUAUAUUAUACUAACAAUAUCUUGGAACAUAUUUUUGGAUGUAAACACAUAACACAGCAUGACUGAAACACAAAUUAUUCCAUUUCUAGAAUGCUUUGUGUUUCAUUUGUUUCUGUUUCAAAACAUCUUUAUUCUAUUUGCACUGUAAAAUGUUGAAAAUCUGAUGUACAAUCUAGAGAUAUGCUCCCAGUGCAGUAGUAGGUUAUGGUCACUGAAAAAUACUGUUGGAGGUGUAUGUACAAUAUGCAUUAGUGCUUAACACAACUGCCUUUUACUCCUUUUCAUUUCAUUUUUACAGUGCAACCUACCAAUGCAAUUACUGUACAUUUUUGCUAUUUUUAAAUCAUGGAAAUAAAUAUUUUAGUAUCAA